CCCUAAUGGAAAUUCGCAAAUAAAACUAGAAUGCAUUCAUAGGAUCUCACUAGCUCGUGCUUGGCUCUUACCCACCUCCUUGCUUGUUCUUCCCACUAUGAUUCAUUUACUCCCAUUGGAAAUGACAGGAUCUGAUCUAUCUUGGGGUAGUUAUAAAAAUAUUUGGUAUUUUAUGGAACCAUACCAACGGUGUCAAAUAUUUUUGUUUUCAUCUGUUGCAAUGCCCCGGGUAUGGAGCUCAUCAUGUUCAGAGGGUUGGCUGUAGGUGGAGUUACGGUCAAAUAUUUGGUGGUCCUGCUCCUCUUCGAAUUGGCGUCUAUCUUCUCAAAGAGCCGAGGGGUGAAUGAGAAUGGUACACACUAGGCUAUGUGUCAGGCGUUUUACACAGAACAGAAGAAAGUGUAACCCAGUUUGGAUGAUCUAUUCCUUUUUGGAUAAAUGCGGAGACGCGGUGCGCCCUCGUUGAAUGGGAGGGAGGCUGCCUUUGCGCACCAAAUGAAGUCAUGAACGGCAGAACGCUGAAGUCAUCGCCUGCACUUGCAGCUGUAAUCUCUGUGCACCGAUCGACCGAUGUACACACACAGAUGAGGGGUUCUCACCGUCUUGGGAAGUGGGUCAUGGAAUAAUCGGUUCACCUAUUUCUUUGUAAGGCUAUAUGUGAAAGCUUGGGUUUGAGAGUUAAUUUGUCUGUUAAAUUGGUAUGCUACUGUCGCCUGAUAAAAACGUUUGACGUGUUGAGGUUCGUUUUGGGACACAGAUAGUGACAACAUUUAUUGUAAGAAUAGGCUAUAGCCUACAUUUCCAUUUUGCGUGAUGCAGAUCAAAUGUGUGCUGUCAAGUUUGUGUGGUAGCCUACAGUUUUCAAUAGACCUAAAUCAAGAUUGAAACAUUAGAAAGAUGUGCUCGUUUUGGAAAUGUAUCAAAGUACGGAAUAAAACAUACUGUAAAACAUGCUGCUCUGAGAAAUUGGACGUUGUUGUCAUUCAUGGUGUAGCGGAGAACGAAGCCAUUUGAGACAUGGAUAAGUUUCUGCAGAUCGCGCCUCACUCUCUGGGCAUAGUCCUGUCUCGGGUUGGCGCCGAGGAGUCGCCCGCGGUAACCGACAAGCUCCAGCAACAUCACACGGGCUACGAGAUAUUUGCCGAUUUCAAAGCCGUCAACAUGCAGCACUUCUGGAAUAAGAAAGUGACCGAUGCGAUAUCGGAGACUUUCUUCCUAGGCUGGAUUGACCAGGAUGUCCUGCUAAUCCAAGGGAAGGAACACCACCUCGAGGAGCUCAGAGAGGGAUGGACCAGGCGGGCUCUCAAACCGCCCGGAGGGUUCGAGAUCAAGUGCAUCGGCUUCUAACAGAGGGGCUACGAGAAGUGUCCUAUGCAGGAAGGAAAGUCAAGUGUCUGUUCAGGAAAGGAACCAUGCUAAACACUGAAGUAUUCUCCCCGGUGGAAGGAAGAGGAGGGGCCUGGAAGAGAGAAUUGGGGGAAACGAUAGACAGAAAUUAUUCUGGCAGCAUAUCCCUAGUGGUAACAGGAAUGACUCUGGCUGUAUUUCCAAAAGGAUGACAGGAAUUAGUCUGACAGAUUUUCCCAAGAGGUGGGUUGGGGCACAACUGAUGUGUUGAGUGGAAUUCCUCACUAGGGUUGCAACUUAAGACUGGGUACCGUCCAGAAACAUGCUUAAUUAUUUUUAUUUUUUAUUUAACCAGGUAGGCUAGUUGAGAACAAGUUGUCAUUUACAACUGCGACCUGGCCAAGAUAAAGCAAAGCAGUUCGACACAUACAACAAUGCAGAUUAC